GACAGAAUUAGCAAAAGACGACUUGAGAAAGCUAAAAAAUCAAAACAAAUUGAAUUUUCGAUGGAUUUUCACUUUUUCUGAUAAGAAUCAUCACUUUUAAUUGAUAUGAAUUAUCAAGAAUUUCCUCCAGGAUAUGCGGAAGGCUUUCCUCCAGCUCCUGUCUUCAAUCCGAGUUUCAAGAUUCCCGUAAAAGCUUCUCAACCGCCUCCGCCUGGCACAACAGAUGCCGAACAAGAGCAAGAAACCGCUGUGCAGCCUCCAUUGCCUCCUGGCCCGCCGCAACAUGACAUGACAAACGUUUUCCAAUCGCCCAUGUUCAACUACGACCCGAGUUAUUGGGCACCUCAAGCUGGAAUGACGUACCAACAACCGCAUUACGGGAUGCCAAUGCCUCAAGUUGCUCAUGUCGCGCCUGAAGAAUCUCGAAAACGCAAACUCGACAUUGACUACAUGGGAAAAGAUGAUCCUGCGUUGCCAGAUGAACUGAAAAAAUUAUUUAAUGCUCUUCAUUGCGUGUUGUGCGAUGUCAAAGUGAAUAGCCCGAUAUCGGCGAAGAUGCAUUAUAGCUCGAAGACUCAUGAGAAGAAAAUUAAUCAAUGGUUGAUCGAUUAUUGCAAGCGAACGGGAGCCAGUAUGCCCAAGAGACAAAGAAAAGUAACAAGUAUCGAGGAAGCACAAAAGGCAGGACCUAAAGGACCAAAUGCUCUCUUCUGCGACAUUUGUCAGAUUGCAUUGACCAGCAUACAGCAUGCGAAUCAACAUUACAUGGGCAAAAAACAUCGAAUGGUCGCAGCUGGCAAAUCCAGACCAAAAUCUCAAAAGCCUCAGCCGGAUAACACAGGUCGAUUUGGCAUUGGACAAGCUUUCGUUCAACCACUUGACGAACCCGGGCAAAAAGCAUCUCUAUCGAUCUCGCCUCCGCCAACGCCCGUAUAUGACGCUACAACCCCCGCUGAUGCCUUUUCGCAAUCGUCGCCGCCACAACUAACGUAUGCAACUCCAAAACCCGGAACAAUUGGACCUUCAUUGCUUCCGGUAAUGCCGCCCGUAGCUGUAGAAAAUACAAAAAAUCAAAAUGGCAAAAAUUCGGGACGAUAUUGCGAAAUUUGUGACAUUUCGGUGACUUCUGAUCAGCAAAUGGAGACGCACAUUAGCGGGCAAAAGCAUCAAAAGAAAUGCAAGCAAAUUGGCAUCACAACGGAAUUGAGUCCCCGUUCACGAAGCGAUUUUAGCAGCUGUCGCACGCCAUCCGGACAAUAUUAUUGCAUCUCAUGUGACAUGACAGUUGCUACCGAAGCCCUUUACAGCAGUCACAUCCAAAGUAAGAAACACAUUAAAAAUGCAAAAGAAAAGCGUUAGUCGCUGAAAAAAAUUUUCUUGUUGCAAUUUUCUUAAAAUUUUGAUGGUUUUACAUCAAAAGUCGUAAAUUUUGUUUUAAUUUAAAUAAAAACGUAACAAGUUUUAAUGUUCUUCUUAUGAAAUAAAAGUAAAAAAUAUUUGAAUUCUCG